AUGUCAGCCAUGAAGAUAACAGGCGCCUUCGUGCUCCUCGCCCUGGCAGUCCUUUGCCUAGCAAAUGCUGACAAAGAGAAUAAGGUAGACUGCAGUGAAUACAGGAGGUUAGAGAGAGGAAAACCUAUUUACUGUGAAAGACUUUACCAACCCUUUUGUGGCUCUGAUGGGAAGACGUAUAACAACAAAUGCUCCUUCUGCAAAGCAGUCCUGAGAAGUAGAGGCACCUUAGUUAUGAAGCAAGCAGGGGUAUGCUGA